UUUUCGGUUUAAUGUUAAGCGGGUUAUCAAAUACUUCUACUGUAAAUGAGUAGCUGAUAGUGAGUAAUGUUUGUCAAAACAAAAUUUAUACAUUUCGUUUUCCCAGCUGGCUUAAGUUAAUGCAUAGAUGACAUAUAAAAGUUAUAUUUAUUUGUUCUUAUAUGAUUGAAACAGUGUUUUUGGGAUGUUAACUUUAUCAUAAGUUGUUGAAAGUCUUUAACUUGCCACAUAUACAUAUAUGUGUUGUAUUUAUGCCCGUACACUGUCUGUUCCAAAGAGAAAUUUGAGGUUGUUCGAUGCUUUUGAUUCGAAAAUUUUUUAACCUGACUGACUGUUUGGAAACCACAGUGGAUCAGCGUUCGAAAUUUGGGGACCAGAGAGGAAUGCAGUCCUUCUUCCCUAAAACAUGAUGGUUUGCAGGCGGUUGUCUCGUCCCUUACAUUUGGGAUGAUUUUUCAUGCAAGACGCUUGCUCUUUAGUGGAACUCAUUUACGAUUUUUUACCAUCUAUAGAUCAUUCUGUAGAAGUGUUAAAGACGAGAUGACGCGGAGGAUCCAAGUUCACAGAGUUCUCUGUGUAGCAGAGAAAAAUGAUGCAGCAAAAGGAAUCGCAGACAUUAUGUCAAAUGGCAGAAUGAGAAAAAGAGAAGGGCUGUCUAAAUUUAACAAGAUCUAUGAAUAUGAAUACCACUUGCUUGGCCAGAAUGUUACUGUAGUGAUGACCUCUGUUUCAGGUCACUUACUGGCAUUAGAGUUCAAAGCUCCUUUUCAGAAAUGGCACAGCUGUAACCCCGUUACUUUGUUUGAUGCUGAGGUGGAGAAGUACUGCCCUGACAAUUUUGUGAAUAUUAAGAAAACACUUGAGCGGGAAGUCCGACAAUGCCAGGCCCUGGUUAUUUGGACCGAUUGUGACAGAGAAGGAGAAAAUAUUGGCUUUGAAAUAAUACAUGUAUGUAAAGCAGUAAAACCAAACUUACAUGUGUUGCGAGCCCGAUUCUCUGAGAUCAUAUCUCGCUCCAUCAGAAUGGCCUGUGAAAACCUAGUAGAACCGGAUCAGAACACCAGUGAUGCUGUUGACGUCAGACAGGAGCUGGAUCUCAGGAUAGGUGCAUCUUUUACCAGAUUCCAGACCCUGAGACUUCAAAAGAUAUUUCCAAAUGUACUGGCAGAACAGUUGAUAAGCUACGGUAGUUGCCAGUUUCCAACACUAGGUUUUGUGGUAGAGAGGUUCAAGGCAAUCCAAGCAUUUAUCCCAGAGGCGUUCUACAAGAUUAAAGUGACUCAUGAAAAGGAUGAAGAAGUUGUGGAGUUUAGCUGGAAAAGGAAUCGCCUCUUUAACCACACAGCAUGCCUUGUUCUGUAUCAGAUCUGUAUGGAGAAUCCUCUUGCCACAGUCACUGAUGUAUCCAGUAAGCCAAAAAGCAAAUGGAGGCCUCUUCCCUUGGACACUGUGGAACUUGAAAAAUUGGCUUCACGCAAACUGAAAAUCAAUGCUAAAGAGGCCAUGAAGAUAGCAGAAAAACUCUACACACAAGGGUACAUCAGCUAUCCCCGUACUGAAACGAACAAGUUCCCCAACGACUUGGACCUCUUUUCCCUAGUGCAGCAGCAGACACCAGACCCACACUGGGGGGCUUUUGCUCAGGGGAUUUUGGACAGGGGUGGGCCAACUCCUCGAAAUGGCAACAAGUCUGAUCAGGCCCAUCCUCCCAUUCAUCCUACUAAAUAUGCAAAUAGCCUGCAGGGGAAUGAUCAGCGUUUGUAUGAAUUCAUUGUCCGACAUUUCUUAGCCUGCUGUUCCCAAGAUGCACAAGGACAGGAAACUACAGUUGAGAUAGAUAUUGCUAAAGAAAGGUUUGUGGUCCAUGGUCUGAUGAUCAUAGCUAGAAACUACUUGGAUGUUUAUCCUUAUGACAAGUGGAAUUCUAAGAUUAUCCCAGUGUAUGAGGUGGGAUCUCAGUUUCAUCCCACUGCAAUAGAAAUGGUAGAUGGCGAGACUAGCCCUCCUCAACUCCUUACAGAGGCUGAUCUUAUUUCCCUUAUGGAGAAGCAUGGUAUUGGGACUGAUGCCACACAUGCAGAACAUAUUGAGACCAUCAAAUCUCGAACAUAUGUAGGGCUGACUGCGGAACAGAGGUUCCUGCCAGGCGAACUUGGAAUGGGACUAGUAGAAGGCUACGAUUCCAUGGGUUAUGAGAUGUCCAAGCCCAACUUGCGAGCUGAGCUCGAGGCUGAUCUAAAGCUGAUUUGUGAAGGACGGAAAGACAAGUUUGAUGUCUUGAGGCAGCAGAUACAGAAAUACAAACAGGUCUUUAUUGAAGCAGUGAGAAAAGCAAAGAAAUUGGAUGAGGCUCUGGCUCAGUACUUUGGUGAAGUAACUGAGAUCAGCCAAGAAGAACAAGAAGCACAGAUGGAAAUGUUCCUUCCAGUUCGAAAAUGUCCAAAUUGUAAUAGAGAUAUGGUGCUGAAGAAGAGGAAGGAAGGAGGUUAUUUUAUGUCUUGUUUGGGAUUCCCAAGCUGCAAGGCUGCUGUGUGGUUUCCAGACUCUGUUCUAGAAGUAAGCCGAGAUGACAGUGUGUGCAACACUUGUAAACCACAUCCAGUUCACAUGCUAAAAUUUAAAUUCAAGAGAGGAAGUGUUCCACCCAUGAUGCCAUUAGAGUUUGUAGGAUGUAUCGGAGGCUGUGAUGAAAUGCUAAGAGAAAUCCUGGACCUGAGGUAUUUACGAGGAGGAGGAACUGCGGUUUCCCAGUCGAACAAUCAAACAGUUAAUCAUCCACAACAAAGACAGCGACAGAACCAUUCCAGUGAGCGUUAUCAACGCCCUCCACUACAGCCAAGGCAGAACAACCCUAAAAGGCCUCCCACAUCAGUUGCUGGUCCUAGUGUUGUUCCAUCAUAUGCUACCAGCAGCAGUGAUAAUGCAGUUGUCUGUAACUGUGGACAGGAGGCCCUGCUUCUCACUGUCCGUAAAGAAGGACCUAAUCAAGGGAGGCAAUUCUAUAAGUGUAAUACGGGAAACUGUAAUUUCUUCCUGUGGGCAGACCAGCAGACUGAAGGCAGAAGUAAUACAGAAAACAGAAACCUUGGGAGUAGUUUCCACAGUGCUGGAAGUGCAUCCGGGUUCAGGGAUAAUGUAAGCCCUACUGUAGGAAGAGGUAGAAGAUUUGAUCAGCCAGGAAGUAGUAAUUCUGGUGGUGGUGCAACACAAUGCAUGUGCAAUCAGCCAGCAGUGACAAGAACUGUUCAGAAAGAUGGGCCCAAUAAAGGUCGCCAGUUUCACACCUGCAGCAAGCCCAGGGAGCAGCAGUGUGGAUUUUUUCAGUGGGUAGAUGAAAACAUUCCUCCAGGAGGAGUUGGCAGAGAUUUCAGCAAUGCACACUUUGGAAUGAAUGGUGCAGGAAGGGGACAAGGAAUGAGUACUAAAAGAACAGGAAGCAGAUCUUCUGAGAAAGGACCUGGUCCCAAGAAGCAGCGGACAUGUGGGAUUUGUCACCAACCUGGACAUACGAGACUUAAAUGCCCUCAGAACAGGUGACAGAGAAGGGAUUGUGCCUCAGCAACAUGCCUAAAACUUCAAGUAACUUCGAAAACAGUGGAUUUUGGCAAAAGUAAAAUGGCCAGCAAUGGUUCCUUGAGUAAGAGGCUUCUCUGCCUUGCCAGUACGUAGUUCUGUAAAAGUUUCAAUGGAGUGCAUGUUUACACAGUGUUCGACAAGCAGAAUUAAUCAACCCAGCAAUGUUCCAUGAAGUAAAAACAGUAUCUAAUUAUAAGUGAAUAUUUCUGUAGAAGUUACAGAGAAUGACAUGAUUACACGAUUUCAUAAUUACAGACUUCCUACUCCUGUUACCAGAGUGUGUAUGAUUUCUGACAACCUGUAAAUUGUGCUAUUUGCAGCCGUUUGUGUUUCCUUUCUUGUGUACUUUUCAUAUAGUGUGGAAUAGUGAACCACAGUUCUUGCUUCUCACUUUGUCAUUGUUUUUCAUGGAUUGUUACUUAGUACAUUCACUGUAUUCAUCAUAUUCAUUUCUGCCAUGUGACUUAAGUAUUUUCUCCAUCCUGUACCAUUAGUUUUGCAAAAAUACAUAUAUGCUAGUAGGUGUUGCUUUCAUUUGUAAAGGAUCUGCAGCUUCUGUCUGUGUGUUACACAGGGUAGUGCUGGUCAUUGUGGUCAUCAGGAGUGAAGAAGCAACUUGUCAGUGGCAUUGUUUUCCAGUGCAGAUUUGUUGACAUGUAUCAAUGAGAUCCUGUUUUAUUGCUCAUAGGAGGUAAAAUUCAUGGUCCCUGAACAGUUGCAGUAAUGAAGUAUGCUCUUGCCUCUGCAGUUGAGGAACCUUAAAAGUAAUUAAUCAUGGAGGUGCAAGGGGUGUGUGACUUGCCUUUCUGCAAAAAUGCUUAUUUUCUGUGUUUAGUCAACAUGUUUUCCAUUGUUGACUGUUUUUUUUUUGUUUUGUUUUUUUGUGAUUAUGUAAAACUGAAUUUUAGUUUGGCCAGUAUAAUGCCAUGAAUCUGAAUAAAGAUGAGCUACAUUUCAAAGUUGCAGUGAUGAAAGGAAAACUAUGAAAUGAGAAAGCAUUAGAUGCAAGCAUUUGUGCAUUCCAACAUUUUUUGCCAAUUUGCCAAAAAAAUCCCCAUUUCUUCCAAAAAGGUCGGAGCAGGAAGAAUUUCUUUGUACCUCUUAUGUUGUAGCAGAAAUCACAAGACCUUGCAUUCCAAAUAAAACACGUUGAUCUAA